GGUCACAGUCGUUCUUCACUCGUUCCACCGCCCACUCAGCUUAUCAUCUCCAAUUCGUCACCUUCUACCUCUGUCACUCAACAACUUAUGGCGAAAGAAGUCGUUAGCAAGGAAGUCGAAAUUGAACGACUGCAGGCUAAACUAAGGAAAGCGUACUCUCAAAUGGAACGCCAGCAAGCAGAUUACGACGAAGAAGUGCGUAAAUUCAAAAAGGACUCGGAACAAGCCAAGGAGGAACUGGUCCGCGUUGUGAACAAGUUUGUAUAA